AUGCAGCCAGCCUUGCGACCGCCUGCGCCGUCCCGCAGCCUGCUCCGCUUCCUGCGCUCCCAGACCGAAGCCGCAUUCUCUGGUGGGCGUGGUGCUGCGUUUGAGCCGUCGCCACGCUGUCGACGAGCAGCGAUACGCCAGACCCCGACCUGUACGACAACACCGUGCGUGCGGCCGUCCAGGUUGCCUCUUGGAAGUCCGCCGCGGGCCCUCGGCAGCGCCGGCGCGAAGACGCCGAGGCUGAGGCUCGCCUUCUGCACCACCGCCGCUCUCCGAAAGCCCGAGACGGACCGGUUGAAGGCGGCGGGCGAGCCGACAUGGCAGGAGAGAUUGUGGGGAAGCACGGUCAAGAAGGGCGCGAAGCUGCUCAAACCAGACGACCUUCCGUCGCAUGAAAAUUUCGACAACUCGGGCUCGUCCAUGUUCAACAGCCGGCGUGUCAUGGCCGCCAAGGCGAUGCUGGAGCCUCGACUGCGAUGCACCGAGGUCGACGAAGACGGCAAGGUUAUACUGGUAGACGGCGAGUUCAAAAAGACGGAGCUCAUUGCCAAAUUUGGCCUGCUGCCCCGAGACCUGCGAAAGAUCGACUCGUCCAACUUGCCUCACAUCCUCGUCCGGCCGUCGGCCAUUCUGCUCAACCUGCUGCAUCUGAAGGUCCUCAUCAAGCACAACCGCGUUCUCCUCUUCGACGUGUACGGCUCCAAGACGUCGUACCCGCAGUCGGCCUUCAUGUACGACCUGCAGGGCAAGCUGCAGCAGAAGCCGUCCCAGGGCUCGAACGGGCUGCCCUACGAAUUCCGCGCUCUCGAGGCCGUCCUGACUUCGGUCACGUCCGAGAUGGAGGCCGACUUCGAAGCCGUGCGGGAGCCGGUGAUGCAGAUCCUCAGCGAGCUCGAGGACGACAUCGACAGGGAGCAGCUGCGCAUCCUUCUCAUCCUGUCCAAGCGCGUGAGCACGUUUGAGCAGAAGGCGAAGCUCGUCCGCGACGCCAUCGAGGAGCUGCUCGAGGCAGACGACGACCUCGGCGACAUGUACCUCACGGAGAAGCAGCACGACCUCUACAGGGGCACCGACGACCACACCGAGGUGGAGAUGCUUCUCGAGUCGUACCACAAGCUCACCGACGAGAUCGUGCAGGAGGCGGGCAAUCUGGUGUCCGGAAUCCGCAACACCGAGGAGAUCGUGCGCGCCAUCCUCGACGCCAACCGCAACUCGCUCAUGCUCUUGGAACUCAAGUUUAGCGUCGGCACGCUCGGCCUCGCCAUGGGCACCUUCCUCGCCGGCCUCUACGGCAUGAACCUCGAGAACUUCAUCGAGGAGACCAACUGGGGCUUCAGCACCGUUACCGGCUUGUCGUCGGCCAUCUCGCUCAUCGUCUGCUGGUACGGACUGAGCAAGCUGCGCAAGGUGCAGCGGCUCAAGAUGAUGAGCAACGAGCGACCGCACAUGCCGCGAGGGCUGUCGUACCGCGACGACGGCGCCCUCGGCCUGCUGGACUCGAGGAACAAGGAGAUGCUGCGACGUGCGCACCUGCAGCGGGCCAUGGCCACCAAGAAGAGCUGGUUUCCCUUUUGGAGGUGA